CCGGAGCAGCCCCCGCAGGCGCUGAGGGAGCGACCCACCAAACCCAAGAAAUUCAAAAAGGACCGAAAAGAACCCGAGGAACCCGGUGAACCGGCCCCAGAACCGGAACCAGCCCCGGAACCGGCUGAGGCCGGUAAAGCCGAGACCUCUGAGAGUCCCGGGACGGCACCGGCACCACCGGAAGCUUCAGCCUCACCGAAACAACGUCGUUCCAUCAUCCGAGACCGGGGUCCCAUGUACGACGACCCCACCCUACCCGAGGGUUGGACCCGGAAACUCAAACAGCGGAAAUCGGGGCGAUCCGCCGGCAAAUACGACGUCUACUUAAUUAACCCUCAAGGAAAAGCUUUUCGUUCCAAAGUGGAAUUAAUCGCUUAUUUUGAGAAAAUCGGUGAUAAUUCUUUAGAUCCAAAUGAUUUUGAUUUCACCGUCACCGGUCGUGGGAGCCCAUCAAGGAGAGAACAAAAACCAUCUAAAAAACCUAAAUCACCUAAAACUACCGGUACCGGACGAGGUCGCGGUCGUCCUAAAGGUAGUGGAGUAACCAAACCUAAGACAACGAUGACGUCAUCAACGGCGGCGAUGACGUCAGAGGGAGUCCAAGUCAAACGGGUGAUUGAGAAAAGCUCGGGGAAGUUAUUAGUGAAGAUGCCGUUUCAACCGGGACAAACUGGGACCUCCCGGGGUGAAACCACAACGGUGAUGACCUCAGCGAUGACGUCGGCGAUGACGUCAGCGACGACGUCAUCAUCAUCAGCUCAGAUUUUAAGUGUGAAACGACCCGGAAGGAAAAGGAAAUCGGAAGCGAGCGAUAGUCAAUCGAUCCCCAAGAAAAGAGGAAGGAAACCCACGGGGAACGCGGGGGUUUUGGGGUCCACCGGGACGGUACCGGAAAGCAAAAAGAAAACGCCGGUGACGCCGUCGGUGCAGGAAACGGUUUUACCCAUCAAAAAACGGAAAACCAGAGAAACG